CUAGUAUGAAGUAAUCAUCUCGCGGUUGGGGGAGUACACUGUACACAACACCACGCGUCAUAUAUGGUCAGAUGUUCGAUUAUACUUAUUGCAAUGCAAUAAAAUCAUUAUAUUCAAGAUUGUGUGUUAUUUUGUAAACUGAUGUACGCCGCAGAUUUCGAUUCUCGUUACCAAUCCGUCUAAUAAGUGUAACGAAGUAAUGUGUAGCUUUUAUGUCAGCGUUGCUUGUGUGUGGAAUUAUGGUUAUAUUUAGUAUAUGACGACUACGGUGUUUUGAAGCACGGAGCACUGCCACUCCUUCCGUUAUAAUAUUUUUACAAUUUUUUUAUUUUAUCUGUAAGUGAAAAAAAUGGAAGAUAUAUUUCAAUGGUGUCGUGAAGGAAAUGCCAUGCAAGUACGUGUUUGGCUGGAUGACACCGAACAUGACAUGAAUCAAGGCGAUGAUCAUGGGUUCAGUCCACUCCAUUGGUGUUGCAAAGAGGGACACUUGAAAUUGGCCGAGUUGUUAGUUAGCAGAGGAGCACGUAUUAAUGCAACUAACAGAGGUGAUGAUACUCCUCUUCAUCUUGCUUCUGCCCAUGGGCACAAAGAAAUAGUUCAAUUGUUACUUAGAAAUCGAGCAGAUGUCAAUGUCACAAAUGAGCAUGGUAACACUGCCCUUCAUUAUGCGUGCUUUUGGGGCGAUCAAGCAGUUGCCGAAGAAUUGGUAACUGCCGGUGCUUUGGUAUCAAUAGCAAACAAGGAUGGUGAUACUCCGUUAGAUAAAGCACGAGGACAUUUGGCCAAAAGAUUACACGAUUUAGCUGUAGAAUAUGGACAGGACUUAAAAAAGAUUCAGUUUAAAGAUCAAAGCUGGCUAGGUUUGAAAACUAGAAGUCGUGAUGCAACGCUAUCAAGGCACAAAGGAAUAAACAUGGCAGAUCUUUCUCUGCAUACUCAUUUAGCUAGUACGCCAAGUGGUGAAACAUGGCGUGGACGUUGGCAAAACAAUGACAUUGUGGCAAAAAUUUUGAAUAUACGUGAGUGUACGGCUCGAAUUUCAAGAGACUUUAACGAAGAAUUCCCAAAAUUAAGAAUUUUUUCACAUCCCAAUGUACUACCUGUACUUGGUUGUGUCAAUCAACCACCGCAAUUGGCAACUGUCUCGCAAUAUAUGGCACGUGGGAGUUUGCAUAGGCUUUUACACGGAGGUACAGGCGUCGUUGUCGACACUGCUCGUGCACUUAGACUUGCCCUCGAUGUCGCGAGAGCUAUGGCAUUUCUUCAUGGGCUCGAAAGGCAAAAUAGAUGUAGAUUUCACCUUAAUAGUAAACAUAUUAUGAUUGAUGAAGAUUUAACAGCCCGCGUGAACAUGGCGGAUUCGAAAUUUUCAUUUCAAGAGGUGGGUCGAAUCUACGAACCAGCGUGGAUGUCUCCGGAAGCAUUAAGUAAACGUCCGGCGGAUAUAAAUCUCGAGGCCAGUGAUAUGUGGAGUUUUGCCGUCCUGUUAUGGGAACUUGCGACAAGAGAAGUUCCGUUUGCAGAUCUUUCGCCGAUGGAAUGUGGAAUGAAAAUUGCACUAGAGGAUUUACGUGUUAGUAUACCUCCAGGAAUUUCACCGCAUCUUGCUAAGCUUAUUAGAAUUUGUAUGAACGAAGAUCCAGGGAAACGUCCGUCUUUUGAUAUGGUCGUUCCUAUACUCGAUAAAAUGAAACGCUAAUUUUUGAUAUAAUUUUUCUGUGCAUUAUAAGAAUCAUGGCUUUCGUCCGAACAUGUGUUUCAUUGCGAUUGCGAUUAAUCAAAGAUUGUUGCAAAUUAGUUUACUUAAUGAUUCGUUUGGAUUCGUGAUAAAGUAAAUCGAAGCAAAAAGAGCGAUUCUCAUUUGAAUUGCGAAGAAGCACAUAGUUAUACUUGACGAAAUGUUUCGAAAAACUGUACCUGCUAAUCGGUAUCAGCAUAUAGAACAAAAAUUAUAAAGACCAUUUAUAGAAUUGAUCGAAAUAAGUAAUGUGCUAAUUGAUUUUUAGCAAUUUCAAGCAAUGCAUUUUAUUAUUAUUCAGUUGUAAAACCGGCGUUCUUGUAAGAAUGUCACUACUACUAAAUCUUUUCGAUACAAAUUGUUUUCUAUCGAAUACAUUCUUUACCAGUAAAUCUAUUAUUAUUUUUAUUAUUAUUUUUCGACGCUUUUCGCAAUGAACACAAUUUAGCGGAAAAAUCUUCGAAUAUUUUUGAUAAACUGGUAAAUAGUUUCAGAAAUGGACACUCGCUAAACGAAGUGUCAUUUGUAUGAGUUAUUCGUUAUUGUUUUCUUGUCGAUAGAUUUUAAUAGAUAUAAUCGAAGUUGAUUGAUGAAAGAUAAUUUUUAUUAACUAUUUUAAGCUAGAAAUCUUUUGGGCAAAAUUUGUACUAUAAUUAAAUGAUAAAAAUACACAUUAAUUUAUAUUUGAUGAAACAUACUGAAUUCUUCGAAAGGUAAAUUUCCCGAAUAGUUGUAUCCUUGCCGGUAUCUAUGCUCUUGAAGUAUAUUGUCAGAUCACCAUUCUAAACAAUCUUUUCUCAUAUAUACAUAUAUAGGGUGGUCGGUUUCACUUUACGAGUUACACAUAAAAGUAUGUUUGGCAUCAUAUAUGUACUUUGCUGAUUGAAGGUUAGAUAUUAUAAUUAUUGUUUGUACAUGCGCGUGUGUGUUCAAAUUAUAAUUGUGCUGAUCUAGUCGCGCCAUUAUUAGUAUUGUCCAUCCUGACCGCCAGCGGUUAAAUACUCCUUCACAUAUGGAAAUCAGUGACUGGAAUUUUUAUUAGUUUUAUCGUUGUUUAUGUCAUCAUGAAGAUACUAAAGAAGUACAAUUAAAAUUCAUGAGGAGGUUACACAUGGACAGAGUAACCUUCAUGCGGUGUAUAUAAUAUCAAAUAUACUUUAGCGUAUAAUUAAAAAAUUAAAAUCGAUCACCCGUUGUAUACGUACGAAAAAUUUAUUUAAAAUGGUGACCUUGACAAUAGGAUUUAAGGGCAUCAGAAUCUGUGAAGUGGCAACACGGCCCUUCGAAAAAUUCGUAGCAAAAUUUAAAAAAGAUCUGAAAAUGUCAGAAUAAGGAAUAUAUGCACCGAUUUUUUAAAUGACUUUUUAUUAUUUACUAGAUAACUUUUGAUAUAAUUUCUCUUAUAUCGUUAAUUAAAAACCAUUUUCAUUCCCAAAGAAACCUAAUUAAACGUAAUCAAAUUGCACUUACUAAUUACAUUAGGAAAUGCAACCUCAACCGAUCUGCCUUUAUUAAAAUAACUAAACUAUAUUUUUUAUACAAUCGUAUUUAAAGAAAUAAUGUGCCUACGAAAAUCUUCCACAAUAUUUGUUCAUGUAUAGUGAGCAAGUUUAUUGUUGUCUGUUAUUUAUACAAUUUUCAUGUAUUCCUAUUGUCUAUAAUCAUAUUCACAUUUUCUAAAUAGAUAUUAACUCGUCUUUUUAUACAUGUAUAAUAUGAUCGAUUUUAUAACAUCGUUAAUUCUGUUGAUACAUUCUGGUGCACGGAAUGUUAAUUAUAAUUAAUACUUGAUGUGGCUAUUACUUUUUCUGUCAUCUCACUCUGAAUAUGGCCAGCAUAUGUUGCAUCAAUAUCACAAGUUAGAUCUUAUAACCUCUAAUACAUUGUAUCUUAAAAUGAAGAUAAAUAAAACUCUGCAAUACAUAAAUA